CAAUCCGCCACGGGAGCAACGCGAGGACUAUAAAUACGAGGAGUCGGCCACGUGGGGGAGUAUCCCAUCCUCGUAGUUCGUUUCUUUUUAUUUCCUUUUUCCUUUUCUGUUUCUCUUCCGUCUCUAAAUAUGCCGAUGCCAUAUUCUUCGCCUUCCUCCGAGAGGGGUAUGUAACUUCACUCUCGCUCGCCCGUGCGAGCGCGCGCGCGAGCGCUAUCACCGGGAGAGGGACAAACAAAAGAGUGAAAGACGUUUAUGCCCGUGGGACAAAGAUCGUCGCGCAUAAAUCGCCCCGCGUGUAAACACCUCGAGCUAUACGUAAACAGAUUUUAAAGAUGAGAAUAUAGAGACGAAAAACAAAAAGUGUAAAAUCGGUAAUGCAGUGUAACAUUCUUAUCACGAGCGAUAACAUCUUCAAAAACAUCAGCAUAGAUGGAGCGAAUGUAGCUUAUCGUUAAUACGCAUUAGCACGCUACGAAAAUAUUUUCCCUCCUGGUGUAUAUACAAAAUUACAUCUGCUGUUUCGAAACUAAAUAAAAUGGCUAGUACUGCUGUGGCAGCAGGUAUUGGCCUUGCUGCUGUGGGCUUUGCCGGUCGUUAUUUGCUCAAGAGAAUGCCAAAUUUAUCGCAGAAGAUGGCUGAGACAGUGAAGAAGCUAGAUUCCCAGUCACUAGCAAACAACAAGUAUUAUAAAGGUGGUUUUGAGCCAAAAAUGACCAGGCGAGAAGCUAGUUUAAUCUUGGGGGUGUCGCCCACAGCUGGUAAAGGGAAAGUAAAAGAACAAUUUAAAAAAGUUAUGUCUGUAAAUCAUCCAGAUCGCGGUGGUUCUCCAUAUAUUGCUGCAAAAAUUAAUGAGGCAAAGGAUUUACUUGACAAAUAAUAAAACAAGGUCAUGUAGUACACAUUUGUAAUAUAUCUGACUUUUAUGUUACUUUAGGAACCAAAUUUUAAUGUACAUAGUUAUCAAUAUUAUUUUAUCUUGUACAUUAUCUACUCUUUAUAAUAAAUAAGCUAUUUUUUUGAAGCUGCAUGCUAAA